AUGAGCGCACGCCAGCCUGAAGCUGUAGGGCUCACGAGGUUCAGCGGGUCCGAUCUCGAGGCGAACGAGCUUGAGGGCGUCGAGGAGGAGCUUGCGGCGGUCGAGGAGGAAUUGGCCUGGCAGCGCAAGCCAAAGCGGCGACGGUGGGACUGGCGAACGGGCGUGCUGGGCGUGACUGCAGGCUGCUUGCUUGGCUACCUCGCGACGCGGUCAACUGGGUCGUUCGGGACGACUGCCAGCUCGAAGGAGGCGGUACUCGUCGAGGACGACCCCCUCGCAGGCAACAUUACGGGACCAGCUGUCCGCCUGUACUACCGACACGACGACAAGAUCAACCAGGGCGACCCGAUCCUGCAGCCAACUUGCCCGGUCGCCGUGAUCUACACGGAGGACGAAUCCGCCGCCGACGUCCUGGUCCUGAAUGUCGAUUCCCACGCGGGUAUGGAGGACGAAGAGUUUGAGCGACUGCGGAAGGAGCGGCCGUGGCAGAAGUUUGCGGCGUGGGCAGUCGAGAGUGCGCCAAAUCGACCGUUUCUCGAACGGCACUUUAACAAGUUGCGCGAGGGCAAGCGCAACGAGACGUACGACUUUGAGGUGACGUACCGCCUGAACAGCACCGUCCCUGCGACAUAUUCCUAUUCCUACUUCAACUAUAGCAACUCGCCUCUCCCUGUCGAUCAGAAACGCCAUGACAAGAUCGCUGCCGCCUUCAUCACGAAUUGUCAACCGAAGAACGCACGCUCGCUAGUCCUCGACGAACUUGUCUCGCUCAUGCCCGGCAAGAUCGACUCGUUCGGCAGCUGUCACAACAACGCCGACAUCGACUCGACUCUGCAAGAGCUGGGCAUCUAUGACGAUGUCGGCACGCACACCAAGUGGAACGAGAAAAUCACCUUAAUCUCGCGCUACCGAUUCACCCUUGCUUUCGAGAACUCGAAUGACCUCGACUACGCCACGGAAAAGUACUUCCAGGCUCUCGAGCGUGGCAGUGUCCCGCUCGUCUACGGCCCUCCCCAUGCCGCGGCUCGCUUCUUCCCAUCGCCUACCGCCGCCAUCGACCUCGCCGACUACCUUCCUUCCAAUUACACCUCGCAGUCGACCACUGACAGUGAAGAGCCGAAGGAACUUUCGCCCGAGGCCAAGGCGGGCAUCAAGCGACUUGCGGACCGGCUGGAGUACUUGUCCAGCGAGGAGGGGCGGGAGGAGUACGAGGAGAUGCUCGCAUGGAAGAAGGACACGGCGUGGCUCGAGGACGAGCGGAAUCCGCUCGGCAAGGUGGUGCGGCAGGCGAACAGUCCGUAUCCUCAGGACUGUCGGCUGGCGGGUGCCUACCUCGGCGAGGCGUGGGCGCGGAAUACCUGGGUGCCGCCUUGA